GAUACAUUUGUACAGCGAUACAUUUUUAUUUUAGAGCGAUUGUUAAAUACAGUAUUUUUUAGUUGUUGUACUUGUUAAUUUGUUAUACAUCUGAAUAUCUGUUAUACAUUCAAGAACUUCCUGUGCAACUUAAUUCUCUUGUUUUAGUGAAUUAUAAUACUGUAAUUAUCAAAUUUACUCACUAAAAAUCAGAUACAAAUUGUAAAAAGAAUGUUGUUGCAGAGAAAAAGAAGGCAGCUUUUUUGAAAAAGCCUUUCAAAUUCACCACCAAAAGGCUCCUUUUGCUUUGGCAUAAUAACAUAUGGAAUUGUCAUCAUAUUAACCACUCUCUCUCUCUUUCUCAUUCUCUCUCCUCCCACGCUCAAGGCCCCUCUUUCAAUCACGCCCACAACUAAACAUUAUUCUCACUUACCAUUUUUCUACUCAUAUUAAUCUUCUUCUUCACUCUACCAAAAUUCCUAAACUAAAUAUUCUUCUUCUUUCAAACAUGAAAAUACCCUCCUUAUACUUUUUCAAUUUCUCUAUUCUAUGUAUUACAUUAUCAUUUACAUUUACUUGUCGAUCAUCUCUUGCUAGUACUCCAUUAACCGACGCCGAAUCGUUGUUAGCCUUUAAGAAAUCCAUAGACAAUGAUCCUAGUAAAGUCUUUGAAACUUGGCAAAUGAGCAAGAAAACUCCUCUCUGUACUUGGCAAGGUGUUAACUGCUCAUCUGAUGGUCGAGUUUCGCAACUCGACCUCAGUUGGCGUUUCCUUGAAGGGAAUAUCACAUUUGAUGCUUUAACAUCUUUAGGCAUGUUGGUGUCUUUAGACUUGUCUGGGAAUUCUUUUGUUAUUAACUCCUCUUCCCUCCUUCAUCUUCCGCCUUCGAUCGAGCAGCUCCUGCUGUCGUCGUCUGGCCUGCGGGGAGCUCUUCCUGUCAAUUUACUCACGCUGUACCCAAAUCUAAAUACGGUCGAUCUUUCGGGUAAUAAUCUGACUGGUUUACUGUCAAAAGAUUUUCUGAGUUCAACCUCUAGCAGUAGUAGUAUUAGUAAACUGCAGGUUCUUGACCUGUCUGCUAACAGAAUUUCAGGGCCGCUUCCAUUUUUCGAGGCCAUUUCUGCUAAUUCCUGCACUAAUCUUCAGACUCUGAAUGUGUCCAUGAAUCAGUUCAGUGGAAAAAUUUCUCCCUUUUUAGGUAGUCUGCCAAGUAUACAGGUAAUCGACCUGUCUCAUAACUAUCUUGCAGAUUCAAUUCCUGCAGAAGUAUGGCAGGCCUGUGGGUCCCUUACAGAGCUGCAUAUUGCCUACAACAAUCUAUCAGGUGCUGUUCCUGCUGGUUCUCUGUCAUCCUGUAAGUGGCUUCAGAUUCUGGACCUGUCAAACAACAACCUGUCAGGGCCAUUCCCGGGACAGGCGUUGUCAGGACUGCAGUCUCUGGACACACUGGUGAUGAGCAACAACGUGAUUUCGGGUUCUUUUCCGGGGACUAUAUCGUCGUGUGCAGCGCUGAGGGUGGUGGACUUUAGCUCUAACAGGCUGUCUGGAGCGAUCCCGCCUGAUUUGUGUGCAGGAAAUUCUUCUCUGGAGGAGCUUAGGCUGCCUGAUAAUCUUAUAGCAGGCAGAAUACCGCCAGAGUUGGCUAAAUGCUCGAGUCUGAAGACGGUGGAUUUUAGCUUGAAUUAUCUGAAUGGGACUAUUCCUGGGGAGAUUAGUAAGAUGGAAAAUCUUGAACAGUUUUUUGCGUGGUAUAAUGGGUUGGAAGGCGAAAUCCCACCAGAAAUCGGGCAAUGUAGUAAGCUGAAGGAUCUUAUACUGAAUAAUAAUCGUCUAAGCGGAGAGAUUCCGAAGGAGUUGUUCAAUAUCACUAACUUGGAGUGGGUUUCUCUGACAUCAAAUCAGCUCACAGGGCAUAUCCCAAAAGAAUUUGGGCUAUUGCAGAGGCUUGCUGUUUUGCAGCUUGGAAAUAAUUUCUUUACAGGAGAAAUUCCUACAGAAUUGGCAAACUGUAGGACUUUAGUUUGGCUUGAUUUGAAUAGCAAUAAUCUCACUGGUGAAAUCCCACCUAGGCUAGGAAGACAGCCAGGAAGUCCCAAAUUAUAUGGGAUUUUAUCAGGAAACACUUUGGUGUUUGUGAGGAAUGUUGGCAAUACUUGCAAAGGUGUUGGUGGGCUGCUCGAGUUUGCGGGGAUUCGACCUGAGAGGCUGCUUCAAGUACCAUCCCUGAAGAACUGUGAUUUUACUAGAUUGUACUCGGGGGCGAUCCUGAGUUUGUUUACUCAGUAUCAAACUUUGGAGUAUCUUGAUCUUUCUUAUAACCAACUUCAUGGGAAAAUUCCUGAUGAGUUAGGGGAUAUGGUGGCAUUACAAGUGCUUGAGAUUUCCCACAAUCAGUUGUCAGGGGAAAUUCCUGCAAGUCUUGGGAAUCUGAAGAAUAUGGGUGUUUUUGAUGCAUCUUAUAACAGGCUGCAGGGUGAAAUUCCUGAUUCAUUUUCCAAUCUGUCAUUUUUGGUGCAAAUCGAUUUGUCGAAUAAUCAGUUGACAGGACAAAUUCCGCAGAGAGGGCAGCUUAGUACACUUCCAGCUACUCAGUAUGCAAAUAAUCCUGGCCUUUGUGGGGUGCCUUUGCCUGAAUGCAAGGAUGUAAAUGCAGGGAGUACGCCGGUGGAGGAUGAUACAGGAAGAGAUAAAGGGCGGUCAUCUAAAUCGUCGUUGACUAACAGCAUUGUUAUAGGAUUGUUGGUUGCGAUUGCAACUGUGUGCAUUUUGAUUGUGUCAGCUAUUGCUAUACGAGUGAAGAAGAAAGAAAAAGAGGAUGCUAAGAUGCUGCAUAGUUUACAGGCAGCACAUGCCGCGACAACAUGGAAGAUAGAAAAAGAGAGGGAACCAUUGAGCAUUAAUGUGGCUACUUUUCAGAGGCAGCUAAGAAAGCUGAAGUUCUCUCAGCUUAUUGAGGCUACUAAUGGGUUUUCAGCGGCGAGUAUGAUAGGGCAUGGAGGAUUUGGGGAGGUCUUUAAGGCGACGUUGAAGGAUGGAUCAAGUGUUGCAAUCAAGAAGUUGAUAAGGCUUAGUCAUCAAGGUGAUAGGGAGUUUAUGGCCGAGAUGGAAACUCUAGGGAAGAUCAAGCAUAAGAAUCUAGUCCCACUGUUAGGAUACUGUAAGGUAGGAGAAGAGAGACUUCUUGUGUAUGAAUUUAUGGAGUAUGGUAGUUUGGAAGACAUGCUUCAUGGGAGAGAAAGAGGUAAAGAUCGGAGGAUCCUUACAUGGGAAGAGAGGAAGAAAAUAGCGCGAGGAGCAGCUAAGGGACUUUGCUUCCUUCACCACAACUGCAUUCCACAUAUUAUACACCGCGAUAUGAAGUCUAGCAAUGUCCUGCUAGACCAUGAAAUGGAGUCUAGAGUGUCUGAUUUUGGGAUGGCAAGGCUCAUAAGUGCCCUGGAUACUCACUUGAGUGUUAGUUCAUUGGCCGGGACUCCAGGGUAUGUUCCACCCGAGUACUAUCAGAGCUUCCGGUGCACUGCAAAAGGUGAUGUCUACUCAUUUGGGGUUGUCUUGCUAGAGCUCCUAACAGGGAAGAGGCCAACCGAUAAGGAAGAUUUCGGAGACACCAACUUGGUAGGAUGGGUUAAGAUGAAAGUCAGAGAAGGCAAAGGACCUGAAGUAAUUGAUUCAGAGUUGCUGUCAGUUACAAAGAAAUCAAUUGAGGCAGAUGCAGAGGAAAUGAAGGAGAUGGUGAGAUACCUCGACAUCACGAUGAGAUGUGUCGAUGAUUUCCCUUCCAGAAGGCCUAAUAUGUUGCAGGUCGUCGCCUUGUUGAGGGAACUGGUGCCUGGUUCAUCUAGUUCCAGCAAUAGUAGCUAAUAAAAUUUAUCAGAGUUCAGCAUAAAAAUUCUUCUGUUUGUUAUGAAGAGUGUUUUUUGUAUUCAUAUACUUGUAUAAGCUUGCAAAAUUCUCUCUAAGAUUUUAUCUCCUACUGCUUGA